CGCACCCGUCUCACCUACUUCCAUCGCAAUCAUCGCGCCUGCGCUCCUGCUGCGUGUAUGUUGUUUGUGUGCUCCGCUGCAUUUGGCAGUCAAAUGUUUGAGAUGAAGUUGGUCAAGUCCUCCAGCACACAGGAGGCUGUGCGCAACAGGCUUGUUGUCUCCACGGAAUGCAGUGUACCCGCGCAAGUCCGCCAUGUGUACGUGCACCCUCAGGACGGCGGCCGCUUUGCACAGACGCUGGAGCGCUCCCCGGUCCUGAAACCAACACAAGUCGCAGCAAAUGUGGCGCAGCGCAAGUGGGCAAAGCUCACACUGGGUGAAGACCUGAAGAUUGAGCCAAUCUCCGGCCCCUUUGACGGCGUGGGCCUGGCCACUUUGGAGCUGGACUUUUGGAAGAAGAGCGCUUCCCAGACAACCCGCUACAAGAUUGAGGAGAUGGCAACGCAGUUCCGCGAAUCAUUUGCAAACAUGAUCCUCAGCCCCGGGCAGCUGAUUCUGUUCAGCUUCAAGCCGUCAAACGCCAAGGAAGUGCUGCUGAGCGUCACCGUUAAGGAGCUGUUCAAGUUUGACGAGGGCUCCCUCAUGGGUCCCUCGCUGCACGUGAUCAUCAUGGAUGAGCUUGACGCCAUCUGCCGCCAGCGCGGAUCUGUGCAGAGCGGAACGGGCGUGCACGACAGCAUUGUGAACCAGCUGCUGUCCAAGAUUGACGGCGUGGAGGCCCUCAACAACAUCCUCCUCAUUGGCAUGACAAACAGGCUUGACAUGAUUGACGAAGCCCUCCUUCGCCCGGGUCGCCUUGAGCUGAAGAUGCAGAUUGGGCUGCCGGACACGGUGGGGCGCGAGCAGAUUUUCAACAUCCACACGAAGAAGAUGCGCGAGAAUAAAAUGCUCGCCGAAGACGUCAACAUCAAGGAGCUCGCUGGUGCGACCAAGAACUUCAGCGGCGCCGAAAUCGCCGGCGUUUGCAGGAGUGCGGCCUCCUUUGCCAGCAACAGAUGCAUCAAGUUUGACAACACGGUUGAGGUCAAGACUGAGGAGCUGUCAUCUAUCAAGGUGACACGCGAGGAUUUCCUGAACGCGGUGCAAGAGGUCAUUCCGGCCUUUGGUGCCGCAACAGAGGAGCUGGACGACUGUGCUCGCAACGGCAUUGUGACGUGGGGCGAGCCCGUGCAACGCGUUCUCUCCGAUGGCGAGCUGCUUAUCCAGCAGGCGGAAAACAGCACGCGCACGCCGCUUGUCUCCGUGCUCCUCUCCGGACAAGCAGGGAGCGGCAAGACGGCGCUGGCGGCGGCGCUGGCGCUCCGGUCCAGUUUCCCGCUGGUGAAACUCAUCAGCCCGGAGCAGAUGGUCGGAUACUCCGAAUUCGCCAAAGUCAACAAGAUCAACAAGGUGUUUGAGGACGCGUACAAGUCGCGGCUGAGCGUCAUUGUCAUUGAUGACAUUGAGCGCUUGCUCGAUUACUCCGCAAUGGGCAACAGGUUCUCCAAUGUCAUUCUGCAAGCCCUGCUUGUUCUCUUCAAGAAGGCACCGCCAAAGGGCCACAAACUCUUCCUCAUCGGCACAACGAGCAAGCGCAGCGUCCUUGACCUUAUGGGCAUCACGGAAGCGUUCAGUCAAAUCAUCCAAGUGGAACAACUGACCGAAGGAUCACAGGUCAUGAAGGUCAUUGAUGAUUUGCAGCCGUUCCCCGAGCGCGACAUCGAGCAGAUCCGGACGGCGCUCUCUCACGGGUCGCAACUCCGCCACAGCAUGCUGGACGACACGGUUGAGAUCAGCAUCGGCAUCAAGAAGUUGUACAUGCUGAUUGAGAUGGCGCGGCAGGCAGAGGAACAGCCGGGCGAAAAGUUCCUCGAGUCCCUGUUUGACGAGUGCAGAUACAACAGGCGGCACCUGGACUGAUGGUGUGAGACCUGACGCUUUCCCAGGGGGUGCUGACGUGAACGCAGCCAUGCACGAAUGGACCAAACAGAGCUCGCAUGGUUGACCGUGGCACUCUACAGCUCCUUCGCAUCCCAACCUCUCCACCAAUCCCUCCCUUCACACCUAUCGGUUCGCCAUCACGUAUGCAAAGACCAUUUAUGAGUUGAAGCCAAAACCGCCAACCAAUAAAAGGAAACCAAGAUA